UCACUCACUGGCCUGCAGGCAGGAGUCAUGAGUCACCUGCUCGGAACUGAAAGUGCCUCAGAACCCAGGAAAUCCACAAAGAAAACCCAGUCGCAGCUCCAUUUCAGUAAUCAAGCAGGAGAUCACCUGCUGGAAUUUAGCUUUCAACAUGCUUCCCAGAAGCAUCUCAAGAUCAGCAGGCAGGGCUACUGCAAAAAUUUUUCAUCACCUCCAGAGAAGCUCAUUUCUGGGAUCCUGGGCAUCAUCUGGUUUGCCUUAUUGAUCACUCUGGUGUUCUCAACAAGAAUUGUUUCUUCAUAUACUGAACAGAAGAAGCAGAUCCACUCCCUCCUGAAUAGAACCCAGAAAGCACGACCUUGUACUCGUUGUCCAGAUGAUUGGAUGUCAUAUUCCCACAACUGUUAUUACAUUAGUGUGGAGAGAAAAUCUUGGAAUGAUGCUUUGACGUCCUGCGUUUCCAAAAACUGUAGCCUGCUUCACAUAGAUAGUGAAGAGGAGCAGGCUUUUCUGGAGUCCUUUUCACUGGUCUCAUGGACUGGAUUCUUUCGAAAGAGCAGAAGUCAGCCCUGGGUUUGGGAAAAUGGCUCAACUUUCAAACCAAGGAUAACGGAGAUGCUGCAUGAUGAAUAUAACUGUAUCAUGAUGUCAACUUCUCAUCUCACGGCAGAAAACUGUACAACUUUACAUACAUAUGUUUGUAAGUGCAAAUUCACCAACUAAAACACCUUCAUUUGAAGUCUGCCAGAUCUCUGGCUCCCUUCACAUGAACUUGUGACUAGAAUCCAAAGGAUCAUCUGCUUUCCCUUACUGUCCCAUUUGAUGGUAACAAUCACAAUUGUUGUUACCUAUAAGACUGCUCUUGAAUGACUGGAAGUCUCCGCUCAUAGUCAUUACAGGACACAUUUAAUAUAUUCUCAUUUAUGUAAUUUUGUAAAAAAAAUAUUUCAAAAGCUUAUCCUGAGUUUGUCAAAAGUAUAAUAACAGAAUUAUUGCAAAGCGUUUUUAGUCUAUGUAUUGUGAGUUUGUAAACCAAUGUCAUGCUUCUGGAAAACUUGAUUAAGAUGCUAAUUAGUAUUCAUAAGUGGUUAUAUUAAUUAUUGUGAAGUUGGUUAUUUUAAGUUGUGAGCCUAGCCUUUAACAGCUGAGCCAUUUCUCCAGCUCAAAUUUUGGUCAGUUUUGAACAUGUAGGUUUUUUGCAAUAUUUUCUUCCCAAAGGUUCAUAUUUAUAAUAUUUCCCACAUAAAAUAAUUUUAUUAUAUACUUUUAUAUAUUAGUAUAAAAUAAAUUUUAAACUAAGAAAUUAAAA